GACAACGACACCAACUUUCGACAUCGACUACUCACAUCAAGCAGUCACGAUGCCGAGCCAGAAGUCAUUCCGCACCAAGCAGAAGCUUGCCCGCGCGCAGAAGCAGAACCGCCCUAUCCCUCAGUGGAUUCGCCUGAGGACCGGCAACACCAUCAGGUACAACGCCAAGCGACGACACUGGCGCAAGACCCGUCUCGGUAUCUAAACGUAUCGCCCCCGACGAACCAUCCCUCACUCGAUUCUCGAUUCCCAACUUCAUCUCUCUUAUACCGACAAGUCUUUUCGACGCGAGCGAUCACAUUGGGAACUUCGCACAUGGCGGGAACCGAGCGACCAGUCUUCUAAGCGAAGUACAUCUGCAGACGAGGGAUGCAAUGGCUGGUGUUUGUUUGCACGUUACCGGAUACUACCUACCUACCUCUCAUUCACGGCGCUUGGGGUCUGAAAAUGAUUACGGAAGGAAUCUGAUCAUGAUGGUUUAGACUAGGCAGUGAUGAAUUAAACAACCACUUGCUGGGUCGCAAUGAACAACAGCGGUGUUUC